UGACGCGAUCAACAACAGAAUAAUACGAAUACACGAAGCAAUCAGAUAUAACAAGCAAUAAGCAAUUGUUAUAACUAAACGACUUUAUACAAAGCGACUUAUAUACAAAGUGAAUAUUUUAAUUGUUGUAAAGCAAAGUAUUGUUGAAAAGAAACAAAAUCAAAAUGGCACCUGCAAUUGGUAUUGAUUUGGGAACAACAUACUCCUGUGUUGGUGUAUGGCAACAAGGAAAAGUGGAAAUAAUUGCGAAUGACCAAGGGAAUCGAACAACACCUUCAUAUGUGGCAUUCAGUGAUACAGAACGAUUAAUCGGCGAUGCGGCGAAAAAUCAAGUAGCAAUGAAUCCACAGAACACCGUGUUCGAUGCAAAACGUUUAAUUGGUCGAAAAUUCGACGAUCCAAAAAUACAAGCAGAUAUGAAACAUUGGCCAUUCAAAGUGAUCAACGAUUGUGGCAAACCAAAAAUACAAGUAGAAUUCAAAGGAGAAGUGAAACGUUUUGCACCAGAAGAAAUCAGUUCAAUGGUCCUUACAAAAAUGAAACAAACAGCUGAAGCAUAUUUAGGACAAGAUGUUCGAGAUGCUGUAAUCACAGUGCCAGCAUACUUCAACGAUUCACAACGUCAAGCGACAAAAGACGCGGGAGCGAUAGCUGGAUUGAAUGUGCUACGAAUUAUCAACGAACCAACAGCGGCUGCGUUAGCAUAUGGAUUGGACAAGAACUUGAAAGGCGAACGAAAUGUAUUAAUAUUCGAUUUGGGUGGUGGAACCUUUGAUGUGUCCAUUUUAACAAUUGACGAAGGUUCCUUAUUUGAAGUAAGAUCCACAGCUGGUGACACACAUUUGGGUGGUGAAGACUUCGACAAUCGGCUAGUAAAUCAUUUCGCCGAUGAAUUCAAACGAAAAUACAAGAAAGAUUUACGCAGCAAUCCACGAGCACUACGGCGUUUAAGAACGGCAGCUGAACGAGCCAAACGUACGUUGUCAUCGAGUACGGAGGCAACCAUUGAAAUCGAUGCUUUGUUUGAAGGCAUUGAUUACUACACGAAAAUAUCAAGAGCUCGUUUCGAAGAAUUGUGCUCAGAUUUAUUCCGUGGCACAUUACAACCAGUUGAGAAGGCUUUGGCUGAUGCCAAAUUGGACAAGGGAGCAAUUCAUGACGUCGUCUUGGUUGGUGGAUCAACAAGAAUUCCAAAAAUACAAUCAUUACUCCAAAAUUAUUUCUGCGGCAAGUCACUGAACUUAUCAAUCAAUCCAGAUGAAGCAGUAGCUUAUGGUGCUGCGGUUCAAGCUGCAAUUCUAACAGGAUCAUCCGAUUCGAAGAUUCAAGAUGUGCUCUUAGUAGAUGUAACACCAUUAUCGUUGGGUAUUGAAACAGCUGGUGGUGUAAUGACGAAAAUCAUCGAGCGUAAUGCCCGUAUUCCAUGCAAACAAACACAAACCUUCACCACAUACUCAGAUAAUCAACCAGCUGUCACCAUUCAAGUGUUUGAAGGUGAACGGGCGAUGACCAAGGAUAACAACUUGUUGGGAACAUUCGAUUUAACUGGAAUCCCACCAGCUCCACGAGGUGUACCCAAAAUUGAAGUAACAUUCGACUUGGAUGCCAAUGGUAUAUUGAAUGUAUCGGCCAAGGACAGCAGCAGUGGCAAUUCAAAGAACAUCACCAUCAAAAACGACAAAGGUCGAUUAUCUCAGAAAGAGAUCGAUAGAAUGUUGGCCGAAGCUGAGAAAUACAAAGAAGAGGAUGAACGGCAACGAGAAGUAAUUGCAGCAAGAAAUCAACUCGAAGGUUACAUCUUCAAUUUGAAACAAGCCGUAGAAGAUUCUGGCGACAAAUUGGAUUCAAGCGAUAAAGAGAAGAUCAAUUCAGAAUGCGAGAAUGCUCUACAAUGGUUGGACAACAAUCGUUUGGCUGAUAAAUCAGAAAUUGAAUAUCGCAUGAAAGAAUUAACAAAAACUUGUGGUCCAAUCAUGACAAAAUUACAUGGAGGAGCCGGAGCCGGUGGUCCACAAAUGCCACCUGGUACUGGUGGAUUCCCUGGUGGAGCUAGUUGUGGUCAACAGUAUGGUGGAUUUGGUGGCCAGCAACAAUCAAGAGGUCCAACGAUCGAAGAAGUUGAUUAAGCUCUUCAAAAUUUAGUUUAAUUUCUUUUCGGACAUUAAUUUUCAAAAUUUUUUGUUAAUUCUAUAAGACUGAUUUAUUUAUAUUUUGUUGUUCCUAGUCUUUUUACUAUGUUAAUAUCUAUUGGGCUAGAUUAAUUUAAUUUUUUACAAUAAAUUAUUUAUUUUUAUAAAAAAA